CACUCGUGUGCACGGCCGGGUCCUCUAGAGGGUGCUCACGUUCACACAAAGUUCUACUGACGUGUGCUAACUAUGACAUUGUUGUUGUUAUAGUUUGCACAUCAUCAAAUGCUAUCUAUGACAUUGUUGCCGUUAUAGUUUGCACAUCAUCAAAUGCUAUCUAUGACAUUGUCUUUAUAGUUUGCCCAUCAUCAAAUGCUAACUGAGAUUUUCAUCUUUCUAGUACAAGCAACAUCAUGAACUGGAUAUGCUUGGCUGCAUCUGCUUUGGUCCACUUGAUUCUAUUAGCAGAUUUUUUCGUUCCUGCCAGAGGCGAUAAUUCGUGUAUGAUGUUGCUGGCAGGAUGUAUGGAGGUGUAUGGUAAAGAUGCCGACAAGUCCCAGAACAAGAGCCGCUCCAGGGAAUGCGAAUUGUUCACCAAACUGGCCGCUUGUUUUAACGUGGGUGAUUGCCAGAACAGCUUGGGGGUUGAGAAAACGCUGGCCAAUAUGAAAAAGGAACUGAUUAGCCGAAACAUCGAUUGUGGCUUCACCAAGACAGACAAGCGUGCUAAGAAGACAAAUAAAACAUCAUGUGACGCCAUGUUUACCUCCUGCGUCAAUACCUACAAAUCUGUGAUGUCAUCAAUACAGUCCAAACCUUACCGUAUGCCAAUCUUGGAGAUACGGAAUAUCAUGAUGUGCAACACGGUGACACAGUUCAUAGAAUGUUCAUCAAACAUGAAGUGUGGGUUAACGGAGCGAGAACAGCAGGACGUAAAGCAGGAAGUCAACAAGGAGCUGACCAAGUCAAACAUACCGUGUGAUCAAGAAAAUACUCAAGUUGACACAUGUACAGCCGCCAGUAGAGAAUGUGGCAAGACGUUUAUCCAGGCUGCUACCAGAGAUAAUCAGGUGAAACAAGACGCAGAUCUGUGCCAACACCUGGAAGAUUUUGUUCACUGCAGGUUGAUGGCACCAUGUAGUAAAAACACGCAAGAAAAAUUUAUUUCUGACACAUCUUCGCAAAUUCAAGCUCUGAGUCCUAAUUGUGAAAUCAGCUACAAAAUAGUGAAUCCAAACUCGGAAGAAAGUUUGUCGUCAGACAAUGCACACAAUGGUGUAGCGGUUUUUUCAAUUCAGAUUUUGUAUCUGCUGUGUUUGGUGCUGCUGGUUUGUUGUUAGAUACACGGUCUCAUGAUUGGUACUAUCAUUAUAGGUCACAUGACUCAAAACUAGGUCACAUGACUAAACAGAUAGGUCAUAUGACAAAAAUAGGUCACGUUACUAAAAAAAUAGGUUACGUGAUUAAACAGAUAGGUCACGUGACUAAACAGAUAGGUCACACGUCCGAACCGAUCUAUAGCAUGAAACGACACAUAUAUCACGUGAAAAUAUGUCACAUGACCCAACAGAUAGGUCACAUGACCCAAGAGUAGGUCACAUGACCCAAUAGAUAGGUCACAUGACCAAACAGAUAGGUCACAUGACCCAAGAGAUAGGUCACAUGACCAAACAUCUAAGCCUUAACGUACUAACAUAGUCUCAAUCAGUCGUGAAUGCUAGAGUCAUUACAUUCCUGUUGCUUGGCGGUUCAAAUCUGUUUUGUGAUAAGUUCUUAUCGUACUCUCUGCCUGAAUGUGAUAAUUUCUUAUUAUACUGUCUGAUUUCAUGUGAUAAUUUCUUAUCAUACUGUCUGCUUGAAUGUGAUAAUUUCUUAUCAUACUGUCUGCUUGAAUGUGAUAAUUUCUUAUCAUACUGUCUGCUUGUAUGUGAUAAUUUCUUAUCAUACUGUCUGCUUGUAUGUGAUAAUUUCUUAUCAUACUGUCUGCUUGAAUGUGAUAAUUUUUUAUCAUACUGUCUGCUUUAGUGUGAUUGUCUUUACUCUGUCUAGUUUUCAUGGCUAAAAUGAAGUUUUUUUUUAAAUUUAAACAUGGAAAAUCAUAUCGACUAAAUUUAGAGUAGAAAUACAGCAAAACAAUUAGCCUGAAAUGGAAAAUAAACUCCAAGUGGAUAGUAUAUUCGGAGACCUAGUAUAACUGUAACAUCAAAAUAAAUAACAAUAAAACAGAGCCUAUGAGAAUUACUCACGACAUUUUGAAAACAAAGGAUUAGUAUUUUAAACUAUAGCAAUCCAUUUCUAUAUAAUCAAAAAAUAGUGAGAUGGAUAUGUUUCAGCGGCUAUAGUAAUAAUUUAAAAUACUAUUAAAAUAUAUUUAUAUAACAUCUAUUCUUUUGUGAGUGAAAUUGUGCAGGUGUGUCUGCGAUACCGCGCUAUCGUAAAGCGUGACAGGUCACACAGUAAUAGUUUUUUCACGGAAAGAUUUUUGUCGUUGUCUGUUUGUCUGUUUGUCUGUUUUUCAUGCUUAUCUGCCAUCGUUCUGGUAUAAUGUCAUUAAUUAAACAAUACUUCAUGUGUUUACAAUCAACAUGACUGUGAUAGAUGUUAUUAUAACAUUAUAUGUAUAUAUAUAUAUAUAUAUAUAUAUAUAUAUAUAUAUAUAUAUAUAUAUAUAUAUAUAUAUAUAUAUAUAUAUAUAUAUAGGCUGUAAAAAUUAAAUGUAUGCAAUGAAUGUGUUUAUCCUUUAACUUUGCCGGUGAUCCUUAUCUCUAAUAAAGAAUGACUAAAGA